AUGGAUAAAGGACGACUCUUCCACUGCGACGUGUGUUCAACUGAUUGCACCAAUCGUCUCAGAAUCAAAUGUGCUAUCUGUACUGACUAUGACUUAUGUGUUCCUUGUUUUGCUUCUGGAAACGCCACCAACGACCACAAACCAUGGCAUGACUAUAUGAUUGUGGAGCAGAAUACGUAUCCGAUUUUUGAAAAAGGAUGGGGUGCUGACGAAGAACUUCUUUUGAUACAUGGAUGUGAGACAUUUGGUCUUGGAAAUUGGGCUGAUAUAGCCGACCACAUUGGUAACAGGUCCAAGGAAGAAGUGGGUGAGCAUUAUAACAAAAUAUACCUUGAAAGCAAGGACUAUCCUCUUCCUGAAAUGGAUAAAAAUUUUGAUGUGUCACCAUUGGAAUUCCUUAGUCAAAGGAAAAAGAGACUCGAACAGAGGAAGAACAUGCCCUUACCUCCUCCCAAGCAGAAAUCGGUGGCCUCGGUGCCUCUUUGUCAUGAGAUCCAAGGUUAUAUGCCUGGGAGGUUGGAAUUUGAUCAUGAGGUUGAAAAUGAUGCUGAAGUGUCGGUUAAAGACAUGAUAUUCGAUCCUGAUGACACGGCUCAGGACAUCGAAUUGAAGUUGACCGUGCUCUCGAUCUACAAUUCUAGGCUCACUACUAGAGCCGAGCGCAAACGGGUACUUCUCCUCAACAACCUUCUUAACUAUAGAAAGAAUAUUGCCAAUGAUAAACGGAAAUCGAAAGAAGAAAAAGAGCUCCAAAGGAGCAUCAACGCGUUCAUCAAGAUAUGCACGCCCAAAGACUUUGAGAGCUUCUCGAAUGAUAUUUUGACUGAGUUGAAGUGCCGGAUCCGGAUCCAGCAGUUGCAGAGUUGGAGAAGAAAUGGUAUCACGCUCCUCGAAGACGGAAACAAGUUUGAAAAAGAUAAACUCAUCCGCAGUGCCCACUACCAAAGAAUGGGAAACGGGUCCAAUAUCGCUCGGCAUUCCAAUACCAGCAGUGGGAGAAAUUUUUCACCCCAGCCAGCUGACUACAAGCCCAAAAUUGGUAACGUCAGAGCACCUUUGGAUAUCAGCCACGCUGCCGACUUUGAAUUGUUAUCCAGCGAAGAGAAGCAGUUAUGUUCUACGCUUCGGAUACUACCCAAGCCAUAUUUGGCCAUUAAGAACCAGUUGAUGAAGGAAGCCAUCAAAAAUAACGGGAUCUUGAAAAAGAAAGAUGCCAGACAAAGCUUGAAAAUCGACGUCAAUAAGGCAUCCAAAAUCUACGAAUUCUUUGUGCAGAUGGGUUGGUGCUCUCAGGGUUGA